CAAUUAAAUUAUUUAUUUAUUGUAUUUUUUAUUUCAAUAAUAAAACUCACGUUUUAUUUACUAAUUGUUUAUUAAAUAGUAAUUAAAUAAAAAAACAAUUAAUUAAUUAAUUAAUUGUUUUGUGUGUUUCGGGUCUCAAACAACAAAUAGUUUGCCGAAUAAUUUUGUGUUGUGUGGCCACCAAUACUCUCUCUCUCUCUCACUCUCAUGGAGUCAAUGAUUACGGACAGCGCGCCGCCGGCGGCCGCCGCGGCAACGGUAAUGACAACAACAACAACAACAACGGCUACCGUCCCGUCGGUUGUCGCCAAUACUGUCGCUAACGGCAGUGGAGUCGCCGCAGCCGUCGCCGUCGGUACUGAUUUAGGCAGUGGUGGCGGCGGCGCCAGCAGUGGUGGUACCGGUUCGGCAGCGAUGGAGCAGUUUCUGAUUCUGGCCAAAACAUGCAAAGGCCUGUCGGCUGUCGAACUGAUCCGACAGGUGGUCGAGUCGCCACAUAUCUACGUAUUCGGCGAAUUUCUAGACAUACCCAACAUCGGCGAUCUGGCCAACAAUUGCGAUCAUAAACCCUACUACGAUCUACUCGUUUUGUUUGCAUUCGGCCAAUACUCGGACUAUUUAGCCAAUGUUCAGACAUUGCCCGAACUAUCGGCUCAGAUGCGCCAAAAGUUGCGUCAUUUGACAAUCGUAUCGAUGGCCACGAAAUCCAAACACAUUCCGUACGGCCGACUACUCGAAGAACUCGAUAUGAAAAACCUGCGCGAACUCGAAGACCUGAUUAUCGAUGUUAUCUAUGCGGGUGUUGUUACCGGCAAAAUGGAUCAACUGAACAAUCGGCUGGAAGUCGAACAGACAAUCGGACGCGAUAUACGCCGCGGCGACGAUCUGAAAGUAGUGGCCAACAUACUGGCCGAAUGGUGCCGAAACUGUGACAAUGUAUUGCGUAAUAUUGAACAACAGAUUCUGAACGCCAAUCGGCUGAAAGAGGAUAAUCAUAAACAACGACAACAAUUGGACCAACAGGUGUCCACUAUUAAGAAGACAAUCAAAUCGUCGUCUUCGUCUGGCGGCGGCGGCGGUGCCGAUAUGGACGAUCCGAUGACUACCGAUUUGGUUAAUUCGUCGCCGCGCGACCAUCGAGAAGCCGCUCUAAACUUUGAAAAGAUUAAACGGUCGAAUAUUACUGGCGGUGGUAAAGGCAAGGGUUCGGGUCUACGCGGUUCGGGUACUAAGUUCUGGAAGAGAGACAACAACUGAUGCGAUGAGAUGAGUUGAGGGAUCAGUUGAGAUGAUAAUAAUAAUAAUA